UUACAGGAGUAAGAACGAAUGUUUUUUUUUAAAGACGCGGUGUAAUUGGCUUAACAGAGCACGUUAAGUUUUGUCCAAGAAGAAAAAAACAAUUUGCACAGAAUUGAGUAAAUAAAAAAUAAUAUAUAGACAUAUAUGUAAUUGUUUAUUCUUUCUCUAUGAGAUUUUUGCACAAGUUGUAUUGUGCAGCGGUAGAUAUAGCAUUUAACAGAUCGCCAAUUAAAAUGGCAAGUCAGAAGAAAACACCGUUGAGUUUCGAAAUAUUGGCCGAAUGUCAAACUACAAAAGCGAGAACUGGCAGAAUGACGCUCGUUCAUCACCACGUGGACACGCCGGUGUUCAUGCCAGUAGGAACUCAGGGAACUUUGAAAGGGUUGUUACCCCAGCAAUUGGAGCAACUGGACUGCCAGAUCAUUCUUGGCAAUACCUAUCAUCUUGGAAACAGACCUGGCGCGGAUAUUCUACGCAAAGCUGGGGGUUUGCACAAAUUCAUGAACUGGAAGAGAGCCCUGCUAACAGACUCCGGUGGUUUUCAAAUGGUUUCGUUGUUGGAAUUAGCUGAAAUAACGGAAGAAGGUGUCAAAUUCAAAUCGCCAUACAACGAAUCCGAGUGUAUGUUAACGCCUGAACAUUCUAUUCAAAUUCAAAAUGCGAUUGGCGCUGACAUAAUAAUGCAACUCGACGAUGUAGUCAAAAGCACCUUGACCGGGCCAAGAGUUGAAGAGGCGAUGCAUAGAACAAUACGCUGGAUGGACCGUUGUUUGUCGGCACACGAAAGACCUAGCGAACAAAGUAUAUUUCCAAUUGUGCAGGGUGGUCUGAAUCCCGAAUUACGAGCCGAGUGCGCGCGCCAACUGACUAAGCGAGAAGUGAACGGAUUUGCUGUGGGAGGUCUGAGUGGCGGUGAGAGUAAAGACGAGUUUUGGAGAAUGGUCCAUUUGUCGACUGACAUCCUUCCGAAGAAUAAACCGCGAUAUCUCAUGGGUGUUGGAUUCGCGGUGGAUCUAAUUGUAUGCUGCGCGUUAGGAAUCGAUAUGUUCGAUUGUGUGUUUCCGACCAGAACAGCCAGAUUUGGCUGCGGACUGGUGAAAACGGGACAGCUUAACUUGAAGCAGGCGCAAUAUAAGAAGGACUUGAGACCAAUAGACGAAACAUGCGACUGCAUGACCUGUAAGACCUACACGCGCGCUUAUCUGCAUCACAUCGCUACUGUGGAAACGAUAUCGUGUCAUCUCUUAACUGUUCAUAAUAUCGCGUUUCAAAUGAGGCUCAUGCGAGAUAUUAGAAACAGUAUAAAAGAGCAAAGGUUUUCUAAAUUUGUACAGAACUACAUGCUAACAGUUUAUCCUGACAAAGACUAUCCAACGUGGAUAAUCAACGCUUUGAAAGCGGUCAAUAUUAGCUUAUUGUAAAACCGACGUUUCGAAAGCACAAUUUUUUGUGAAAAUUUGUUUGGUAUUUUGUAAAGAUUUCUCUUUAUAAAUUUUAUUUUUAUUGCGUACUGCACAUCAAUACGUGUGAUAUAAUAAGUAUUUAUGCGAUCUUAUGU